ACGACACUUCUUGUGUGGGGUCAAGACAGCUGAGCUGAAUAAGUUACUCAACUGAAAAUGUCUAAACUACAGAUGUUGCGUGUGUUUUUAAAUGAGCGUUUAACGGCGGCUGCUGUGGAGAUUUUUGGUGCAUUUGAGAAAACGGUAGUGGAGUACCAGGAGGAGAAUGAUCGGCUACGGAGACUGCUGGGGAUCACAACGGAGAUACAACUAUGUAGAAGAGACUCCCUGCAGCCCUCUGUCUCUGAAGAGGAGGUUCCCCCUGAGCAGCAGCACUGUGAGCAGCAGUGGAGCCCCAGUCUGGGACAGGAGGACCCAGAGACCAUACAGAUUAAAGAGGAAGACGAGGAUCUCAGGACCAGUCAGGAGGAAGGGCAGCUUCAAGGGCUCUUUGAUACCAAAGACUCCAUAUUCUCUCCUUCCUGUGUGAAAAGUGAAUGUGAUCUGGAGAACCCACUUCAGUCCUUGACUCUUCCCCAAACCCAGACUGUGGAGAACAGAGAGAGAGACUCUAAACCGGUGGAUCUCAAACCUUUUGUUACUGUGACCCACAUUAAGGGUCUCAACAUUCCCUGUGACCCUCCAGAUAAUCAAAACAAUGCCUACAGACACAGUUCAGCUGUAAGCAGCUACACAGUAGGACUUGACAGUAGCCCACCAUUGGGUCUGAACCCACCAAUGGGGGAACUCUGCACAUGCCCCUUUUGUGGCAAGAACUUCAAACAAAAAGGACACCUGUCCAUGCACAUGAGGAUUCACACAGGAGAGAAACCAUUUAGCUGUGGUGACUGUGGGAAGAGCUUUAUUCAGAAGGGGGACCUAAGGAGACAUAUACUGACUCACACAGGAGAGAAACCAUUCAGCUGUAAUUUUUGCUAUAAAAGCUUCAGUCAAAAGGGGGACCUAAGGAGGCAUAUCCUGACUCACACAGGAGAGAAACCACAUGGCUGCUCCGUCUGUGGUAGAACGUUCAUUCGUAAGGCUCAUCUGCUGAAGCACGUGAAUAACGUCCACAAAGAAAGAGAACUGGAUGGAAACUAAUUAGGACAAAGAUUUCUUGUCAGACGAUGGGAAUAAGAGGCAGGAUGUGGUCAACACUCUUAGGAAAGCAAAUCAAUACUCUGGAUCAUUCCAGGGUUUCAGAUAAAUAGAUGCGUGAUCAAGUUAUGUUUUUCAACAUUCUAUGUAAAUAAAGUUUGAUUUGAUUCGAA